AUGUCGAGGUCGACUUACGACCCGCAAGCAUACUAUCCUCCGUCGCCGCCUCCUUCAAUCUCACGUCGUCCACCGCCUCUUCGCGUAAACACACAUAACUCAGCGGCAUCUGGUCCUUCUGAUACAUCAAUUCGUUCAGCUGGUCACUCUCCGGUUAAAUCUGGGUUUUCUUACAAUCUCCCAGGAAGCGUAGAAUCGCCAGGCUACACGCAAAGCCGUGCUCGUCCAGGUGGUUUAGCUGCAAUAGCUGCAGAUAUCCCUGCUCGAGUCCGGUCACCGCCUUCAGCGCCUAGAUCAAGAGCUCACUCAAGAAAUGGGGAUUGGUCACGUCGCGAUUCCAAUGAAUCUAAACUGCCUCCUCCUGUGAUCAGACAGAGCUCUGACCAAGAGCCCUCAAGACCUCGCAAAGAUAAUGGGAUCGAAAGUCCCCCUCUGGGCAGUGUGUUCAGCGGUAGAGAAGGUGUAGAAUAUCAACGAGCUGUAGGAACCAGUAGUCCCAAGUCUCAGGAUCUUAAGUUAUUUGCACAUCAUUGCCGACUGUUCUAUUUUUCUCCCUCACCCCCUUCCGAUUCUGCUUCAUACAUCUCUUCCACUUUAGCCUCUCUUUCACCCUCACAUCGUGCAGCAUAUACUCGACUUCAGUCAUCCUUGCGCUCCCUUGCCCAUCUGCACCAUCUUCGUGUCCGUAUCUCAUCGUUUCAUGCUUUGAUAACUAGUACAGUGUCAUCUGCUUCUCUUAGCCCCUCCGCCCGUCAAGAUUUGCUAAGCACCAUGUCAAAAGCUGAAAGGAGUGAACAAGCUAAGCAUUUCGUAUCGACUUGGUGUACCAGCAAGACUGGAGGAGUGGAACCUUUCUUUCGCGGUCUCUGGGGUGUCUUACGUGCUCAAAGUCGAGGUGGAGUGGCUCGGGGUGGAGGGGGGGAGAAUAGAGUCGUAUGGGAAGUGGAUGAUGCGGUCUUCUUGGAGUCUGGGCGUCCAGCCUCCAAAAAGGCUCCUCUCCACAGUCAGGAAGAACUGGGUUUUGCUUUACCCGCCCCUGUACGCAACGGAGACUCACGCUCACGAGCUAUCUCCGACCCGUUCACCGAUGCUCGUCCUAGCAGACGGCAUCCUGCACCUCCGCCUCCAUCUCGCCGACAUCCUCACAGCAUACCAAAUCCGCUACAAAGGGCUCCCCCGGAUGACCAGCGCUAUUCGAGUAAUCCAGAAUCACCACUAUUACCACACAGCUUGUCCGUAAAGGCAUCCCUCGAAUCGGUUCAAGGACAAUCACGUCCGCCAUUUCCUCUACUUUUCUCCGAGGACCGCGUUCAUCUCCUAAGUCGACAAAGUCUGAGUGAGACCAUCAAUGGGAGAUCGGGUAUUGGGCCUGGUGUAUCUGUUGACCCUCUCAUCGAAGAUGAUGAAGGAGAGCCGACUGAGGACAACGUCGCAGCAGAAGAAGCCGACUUGAACAAGCCUCGAUUUCGCUUAUGGUCUUUCCCGGCUCAUAUCACGGAUCAAGAGGCAGAAUCACUGCUCAUCUACUUUCCUCGAUUCAUCAGCGGCAAGAAUGAUAUUCAUUUUCCCUUCGUUAGACCCCACCGAGGCCUCAAAGCGUUCGAAGAGGCAAGGUGGGACGCUGUAGCAGUAGAUAUAGUAGAGCAAAUGGAACCCAAGCUUGUGCGAGUACCGAAAGUAGAGAUCGAGGAUGAGGAAGGCGUAGUCAGGUGCGGUACUGGAAGAAUGUGGGUCGGUAUAGAACCGAGGAGACCAGGUUGGGAGGGCAGUAGAUGGUACCGCUUUAUACGCUGGUGGCGAAGACUUUUCCGUUUGGCUUAA